CCUUCAUUUCUCACCUAACCACCCCCUAACCAGAGUUGCUGACACUCUCCUUCUCCAUUUGCUUCAGCCCCCCACAUCUACCAGAUUCCAGAGGUGGUUUUUGGUUUUCUUCUUGAAGUGGUUGAGCACUCCUACUUAAAACAUGGUCUUUCCCUUGCCUUGGGACCACGCUCUGCUGCUUUUCCUCUUAACCCCCUGGCCCUUCUCCUUGCUCUUUCCUUCAGCCUCACAUAGCCAGACUCGGUGUCUCCACUUGGCUGAUGUCCCAAAGAUGCGUCCCGCAUUCGAGGUCGAAUCAUCACCUCCCCAACAGUGUUCCUGAGAGGCCUCUCCCCAACCCCUCCCUUACUUCUCUUCCUUCUAAGCAUCCUAAGCCCAUCCUGACCCUGGAGUCUGGGCCAGGGCCCUUUGUUCCAGGGCAUUCUUCCUUUCCUGAAGGCACUGACCUCAGUUUGUAGUUAGACCUUCAUUAGGGGAUUACUGGAUGACCCUCUCUGCCCUCUUAGCCUGUAAGCUCCGUGAGGGGUAGGGACAUGGUCUGCUUUUUGUUCACCACUGUAUUCCUGCAGGGCCUGCCAUGGUGCCUGGCACUUAACAGGUGCUCAAUAAAUGUUUGUUGAAAGAAUGAGUGUGAGUUAUUUUUUUAAAUGUCUUCCUCCACAUGAAAUUCUCAGCUUCCUAGUUGAGUGUGCUCACCAUUGUGUCUCCAGGGUUUGUCAACUGGGCCGAUGCACAGUAAGGCCUCAAUGAUUUUUAGGUCACCUGUUGCUGAAUAGAUGGGGACCCAACUUGCUGUCUGAGUCGGCAGUCUUAGGGGAAACCAGAACAAUCAAAGUUGAGACAGGACAGGCCAAGGGCCAUCUUGGUUGUCUGGAAAGUCAGGAUUUAGUGAGAAAGCGAUCCUCUUUUACUCCACAGACAACUUGGUAGGGCAUCAUGGUUAAGGAUGUGGACUGAGGCCACAUGUUAUGGAAGUGGCGGAGCUGGGCUCUGAGCCAGGGUGGUCCUGCUCUAGUUCCCCAGUUCUUAAAGGCUGUACCAGGCUGGGUGGUGCGUCUUACCAAGCGGGGCAUUGCCAGGCAAGUUGCUUUCCUUUUCAGAGCCUCAGUUUCCCUCAGUGGGAAUUUGGAGGGGAUCGCUGUUUGUUAGCACUUAGUAGGCGAUGUUCCAUUAUUUGCUCAAUCCACCCCACAGCCCUCUGAGAUAGCUAUUACCGUUAUACCUUCUUUAUGGAGGCGGAAACGAGGCAUCAAGAGGUUAAGUGACUUGCUCCAGGUCACACAGCUGGUAGGUGGCAGAGCUGAGGUUAUUCAAAGUGACAUGUCCUGACCCUUUAUUGAACUGUGAAAUCAAUUUCCUGGAUCCCAAUGAAUAUUAAAGAAAAAGAACUAGCAUAGGAAAUGAUCAGUGUGCCUCACAACCCGUAGUAAAGGUAAGUGCCGUUUCAUUCAAAGAACAACUGUUUUCCAGUUCUCUUUAAGUAUGUAUAUUUACACAUGUAUGGGUGUGCUGGCUUAUGAUGUAAAAUGUAUUUCUUACUGUGGGUCACCGCCAAACGAAUGAAGUCACUGCCAUGAAGGAAGCUCAUGGCAACGAUAAAGUGCUCUCCUUCCUCCCACCCCGCUGGAUGGGCUCUAAGUCCCAGAGUUGACACUGACACAGACCUUAGUUGGGGAAGGCAGAGCAAUGCCCCCACAGAAUGUGGUGGCUUUCACACCUGCUUCAAACCCUGCUCUUCAGAGAGCAGUUGGGUUGGGGUAACCGGGAUUCCAAGUAUCGUGGGGCAGGUUUCUGAGGCCACCUGACCCCUUGGAGAGUCAGCAUUAUCUUCGAGUUGACUACAUGGGAGCUGGGGUCUGCUGAGUUUCCCUUUGGGUUUCAGUGCGUGACCCACUUAGGGCUGGCCAAGUUCUUUGAAAACAGCAUCGGGGGUGCUCCCAGAGGACUCGGGGUGGUGGUGGCAGUGAUGUGACUGCUCUGAAAGUCUGCUUUGCUCUUGCCCAUUUGGGGGUUGUCAGCCCUCCCCUGCUCACACUCUGGUGAUUGACAUUUUUGUUCUGUCUUGGCUGGCCCAGGCUGGGGCCAAUGGCACCUCUUUCUGAAAUCUCAUCUUCCAGUCUCCCCGGAUGUCGUCUGAGGUCAGCAGUCAUUGAGUUUCCUGAUGGCAGGAGGAAUUUCAUGCCUAGGAGACUGGUGUGGCCCCUUCUAGGCUGCACUGUCUUGACUGAUUCUCGAGAACGCCCCAAGGAUACAUCCCAGGUGCAGGCCCAGGUUCCCGGGCCUGUCCCCGGCCCACUACUUCCCUACUGCCCUUGAGGAGAUAGCACGUGGCAUUUGUGGGGCUGGUGCCAAAAGAGCAGGUUUCCUUCUCGAAAAUUAGCAAGCACCCUGGAGGUACAGUUUUGUUCUUAAUCUCCUCCCUCCCCAUUUUUCUAAGAACCCCUCUUCUCUGUUACUGAUCAAUGAGUCAGUAUACACUUGUACUCCAUUUCUCUUACUAUCCUCCUUUUGAUUAAAGUCAUAGCUGCCCCUGAAUGUUUACUGUGAAAGACAGUUCAAGGAUAUUUAGGUUUUUUCUUUCUUUUUUUUUUUUUUUAGCCCACGGUUUCGAACACUGUCUUCAAAAUGGAGCCCUCUUUGGAUUGUUAUCAGUGUGGUGUGUAGUUAGUGGGUGGAGAGACACGGUUCCUUGAGCCUUAGUUUCCGCAUUUGUAAAAAGGGAAGGGUGCUGCUUUGAAGGAUAGAUGUGAAGGUUUUCAAAUGACUUGGUGUAUCAAUGAAAAGGGCCCACGUUGGAGGAGAUGAACGAUAAAUGCUUGUGCCUUCUGCUUUCAUCUCUCUGACUUCAGAGGUAUGGAGGGCACCCUGUGUACUUCUGCUGACUUUGUGGAUCUUGGGAUCGGCUGAAUUGCUUGACCUGAUUUUUGGAAGCUCCCCCUCUUCUCACGCUCCUCAGCUGCAGAAGAGAUGCUCUGGGGGCUGAGAGAUUUGUUUUUCUUCUCUCUCUUCUUCCUUCAGCUGAACGGUGGAAUUCUUUUCCUUCUGGUUGGCUGCAUCCUGUGGUUUCCCCUCUCCCCCCAUGCUUUUUCUCUCUCACAUACAUUUAGGACCCUGGAAUGGUAUUUCAACACUGGGCCAGAUGGCAGGAGAUGGCUUGCCUAGUCCUGCCCCUGGGAGGGAGGGCUGCCCUUCUGUUUGUGGGUCUUCUUGAAGAAGCUUGCUUUAGAAGAUCCUAGAAAGGUGACGUUUUCUCUAGUGAAGGACUACGCCAGCAAAAGAAGUCCGUAGAAAUCGUGUUGGGCCCACAAGUCCAAAGACCUGGAUUUUAAACUUACUGGGGGGACUGGUGCAGGACCAAGCUGGUUUGUUCCAAAUCCCCCUUUCUUAUCUGUGAUGCUCGGGAGUUCGUGGCCAGGCUUCUGGAGUCACUCACUCCAGGGCCUUGUAAUAUUCGGAUUCAAAUACCUUUGGUGAGACGCAUGAGCCCUAGUCCGUGGAGAAAGACAGACGGCCCCUUCUGGAGCUUCCAGACUCUAGACCCAUGUACCUGGCUCAAAUUUCCUCCCUGAGGGACCUUGCCGCCACUUCCGUGUCUGGUGGUCACCUAGCCACAUGUCCCAUGAAGGCAGGGAAACUGGGAAUGGAUAUAUGGGCAAAAGGCAGGUCCAAAGAAAAGCCUGAAUGAAAGAAGAGGGAGAGGUCUUGUCUGUUAUUGCUGCCCCCCUCUAUCUACUUCUGGAAAGGAUCAGAGAUGGGGUUGGGGUAAGACCCCAGUUUCCCUUGUCCGGGAAGUGGCAGUUUGUUGAUUGAGAGCCUGGAUUUAGACAUGGGAGCCAGAAGGCUUAGGUUUUGGUCCUCGCUGCCUGACCUUGAGCCGGUUUCCUUGGCUUCUGCGUCAUCAUCUGCGAGAUGCGGAUGAUAAUACUACCUACUUCAUAGGAUUAAAAGUACCUACCUCACAGGAUUGUCGUGAGGAUUGCAUUAAUAUACGUGAAAGCACACAGAACAGUGCCGAACACCAUAGUAGGUAUUCUAUUCAGGUCAGCUAGUGAUCCUCGGCUCCUGUGAGGUAAUUGAUUAUGUGUUUUCAAAAAGUUGCAACCGUCUGCAGAAAUGUCAACAUCAUCAUAAUACCUGUUCGGAACGGAAAGGUCUGAGCAAUUGCCUCAGCUCCUCUCAGUCUCUGCUCAUGUUUUUGUUAACGCUUCCCUCUCAUUUGCCUUCAUCGGUAAACAUUUGGUACUCAUUUCUGAGAAAGAGAACAGCGAUUUCUCCAUGAUCCCUGUGACCCCACCCCUGGCAGAGACUGGCUGAAAUACACUUGCCUUAUGCCACUUAGACCUCGGGGCCUGACUUGCCUGGCGGAGAAGGACCAACUUUAGUGAAUAUCUGCAGUCGAUUCAGCCCCUGCUCUGUGCCAGGCCCCAGUGUCUGCCUCGGUGGCCUUGACUGCCCUGUGCUUGGUGUGCACAUCCUGGCUGUCCUGUGCUAUGUUUUAAGGUGAGGAGGCUGAGGCUCUGAAAGGUUAGGUGCUCGGCCAGGCUGAUAGGGUGACGGGUGGAGGAUUAGUGGAGGGACCCAGGUCUUUGUGAGCCCGGGUUACUUCCUUUUUCUGCUGGCCUCCUUGCUGUUCUCCAGUUGCUUCCUUCCUCCCCCUUGCUGCUUUCUGAGUCCCCCAGUCCUCACCUGCCCUUUCUUGGAAAAAGCGGGUCCCUCUACGGCUAGGGAUAUACCCUAAAGAAACAGUCCAAAAUGCUCCUAAAGCCAUGCCCAAUAAUGUCUGCUGGAGUCUGCUUCGUGAGAGCAAAACGAAGGCCACAACCUAGCCGCUCAGGAGGACGGGAACAGGUUACAUACGUUACGGUGAGCCGCUGUGAGCGUAAACAGCCAUUUCAAAUGUUGACAAAAGGGUAUAUUCUUCUGCUUAUGGUUACGGACAGCGCCAGCUGCGAAAUGCCGUCCGCAGAACCUAAGUUGGUUUUGUAGAAUAUCUGGAAUGAACUUUUCCAACAUGUUGGAAAAGUUGGCCUCUGGCUGAUGUGUGACUUUUUCCCUUCUCUACGCUUUCCUGUGUUUCAUAACAUUUCUACAACGCGUCUGUAGGACUUUUCUAACGGGGGGAGUAAAAAGAGGUGGCAGAAGGGAAGACGGCCACCGACGCUUAGGAGUGGGCCACCACAGAGGCUCGGAAGGUGCCGGUGGGUGGCAGAACUGGCCUCUCGGGACAUCAGAUCCAUGGAUUCUCCCCUUUGUCCCCCUCCCUAGGCCUACUGAGGAAGAGCUGAGGAUGAAGAGUGUGAAGGACAGCACCCCUUCUAUGGAGCGCCCUAGUGUCCAGGAGUCGGUGGGUCCCCUGGUGGCCCCUACCCCUCUCCGUCCGUGGCCUCAGAUGACGCUUCAGGUUUCUGAAGUUACAGUGACUGGCAAACCCCCAGAGGAAGGUGACGUCCCCAGAAGCAAUCCGCCUGUGGCUUUCACGGAGGUCCCCCAGGCGCCGGCCAUCAGGAUCCUCCCCUCUUCCUCUGUCUGUGGCCUGGGUGGCUCUCCCAGGGACCAGGCCUCGGGGCCCGAUUCAAGUGAGGGGGCAGCCGGGCCUCUCCUGGAACCCAGCCAGCAACAGGUGGAGGCCACGUGGGAAGUAUCGAGAGAGAAUGGAGGGGGCCAGAAGGACUCCGUGGUGGGGGCCAUAAUGGAUGAACCCCCUGGGGGUCUGGAGGUCGUGAGUGGGUUGGAGGAGCUGCUUGGCGAGGACACCAUUGACCAGGAGCUGGAGCAGCUCUACCUGUCCCACCUGAGCCGCCUGCGGGCUUCUGUGGCUGCAGGUGGGGCAGGGGGUGGCGGGGAGGGCCCCACAGAUGGGGGGGUGUCCCCCAGCCAUGCCCUGGGCAUCCUCACGGACCGCGACCUGAUCUUGAAGUGGCCUGGCCCCGAGCGGGCCCUGAACAGUGCCCUGGCUGAGGAGAUCACACUGCACUAUGCGCGGCUGGGGCGUGGUGUGGAGCUUAUCAAGGACACUGAGGACCCUGACGAGGAGGGGGAGGGUGAAGAGGGACUGUCCGUUACACCCUCCAGCCCCGAAGGGGACACCCCCAAGGAAUCGCCUCCGGAAAUCCUCUCGGGAGCCCAUUCUGUGGUAGCCACUAUGGGAGAUGUGUGGCUCCCGUGGGCAGAGGGCUCGGGUUGUGACAGCCCCGUGGUUCUGGGUGCAGAGGGUCAGUUCACUGGGGCUCCAGCAAAGGGGAUGGGCAAGGACACCGACUCUUUGCGUAUAAGUAGGGUGACAGCUGGGGUGACCGGGUCCCCAGGGGGGAAAGAAGGACGGAUGGAGUUUACCACUGAGUGGGCAGACAGCUUGGUUCCUAUACCUGGUAAGGAGCUAGCUGCUCCAGUCCUACAGGGGCAAAGUCUCACCCUCCUUGGUCCCUCCGGGGCCGAAGUCUGUCCUUCUAGCCUGGCCAGGCCUCACGUGAGCUCCCAGGAUGAAGAGGGUUCAGGCCCAAGCCUUGAGUCCCCAAAGAAGUCUCCCACCUUAGCAGCCCCUGCAGAAUGUGUGUGUGUAUUUCCUCCCCAGCUCCGGGGGCCCUUGACCCAGACUCUGGGGGUCCUGGCUGGGUUGGUGGUGGUCCCUGUGGCUCUGAACAGUGGUAUGUCCCUCCUGGUGCUUGCGCUGUGCCUCUCUCUGGCCUGGUUCUCGUAGAGGCUGCCUGUGGGGGGGGGGAGCAAUAACAGGCUUCCCCCCCUCUCUGGGGUGUGGGGAGAGGCAGUCCCUACACCACCCCCAGGGGAUUCAGAUAGGAUGUGUGGCCUGUAUAGUGAGGGGUCUUUUGCUUCUGAGAAUGCCUGACUGGAGAGAGACCUUCCGGUCCCUGAGGACUUGUCGGCCCGGGGCUCCCUGCGGUGAUACCAGUGGAGGGGAACAGGGCAUGGUGGACGGUGUGAGAUAAUUUUCAGAGAGGAACUGGGCAUGUCCUCCCUUUCCCCUCCCCCCCCAAGCCUGUAUUUAUUUUUGUAUAAUUCUCUGGAUGAGGGAGAGUGGUCGUGAGCUGGUCUUGGGGCACAAUUACCCAGAGAUAUAUUUAUUAACAGCCAACCUGUGCAACCUGCUGGAGCUUUAUUUUUAAUUUAAUUUAUAUAGAGUACCUAUUAUUAUAUGCCACAAUAGAGCUCUAUGAGAAAUGAUGUGUCUUGCUGUACAGUGUUCUCCUGUUUGGGCCUGAGUGUGUGGGGUGGUCAUGUUCUGUGGGAGGGGCAGGGUGGGGACUUGGGCGUGGGACACGUUCAUGCCUGCUGCCACGGCUUCAAUGUGUCACCUCACCUUAUGGUCCUACCCCGUGUGGUCUGGUGGUCUUUGGAGGGGUGGGUCCUUUGGUAUUUUCUAUAUUCUGCCAGGGAGGGAGGAAGAAUGAUUGAUUGCCAUAUGAGGGUUUGGUGUCCAACACGUGGCCGCAGCGGUGGAUGUAGUCAGCUGUAGAUGUGGGAAUACUGGCUGUGAAUCAGCCACAGGUUUUGAGGUUCCUGAAAAAAAAAAAAAGCCUUUGACACCAGGAGGGAGACCCCUCUGUCCCCAAGAUUGGGAAGGUCUCACAAGGGAGAGAGGAGUUAAUGUGCUGUGAAGAAUUCAUACCAGAGUUGUUGUCCACAGAUUUUGCCUUUCUAACUCAAAACAGGAAACCCAGAAGCUUUGAAAGAAAGGAUAGAUAUAUUUACUGCAUGCAAAUAAAAAU